AUGGUGCAACAAGUGCUGAAUUAUGUCCGCCAGAAGCAUAAUGCUGGAAGCUAUAAAAUCCCUAGUCCUAGUAAACCACAAUCGCGAGGACCGAAAUCGCAGCGGUUCAAGAGAAAGAAGUACCCCGCGGAGCCUGCUACAAUUGUGGAUCAGGCAUUUCAAGACCACUUGCCCGCAAGUUGGUGGAUCGACUUCGGUGCGACCAGACAUAUCGCAAAGGACAAGAGUGGGGUCACAGAAUUCACCGAGCUGAAGAAAGGAGAACAGAGAAUCUAUAAGAGAAAUAAUACCUAUCUCGAUGUAGAAGGUAUUAGUUCGUAUAGAUUGGAUCUUGGGGACAAUAUUCUUGUCCUCAAAGAUGUGUUCUAUGCACCAGGAAUUCGGCGUAAUUUGAUCUCUGUUCCUAGCUUGAUGAAAAAAGGACUGGAAGUUAAGUUCUACAAUAACCGAGUUUCUAUAGGCAAAAAUAAUAAAGUAGUCUGA